ACUUGUUUUACUGGAUGGAACAGCCGAUCGAGGCAGCGCAACCCCGCUGAAUUCCAACAAGUACAUAUUUCCAUUGUAUGUUACGUUUUUGCAUGUUUUCUGCUUAAAGUAUUCACUCUUUUUCAUACCGAGUGCACCCUGCACAGUCUUGCCAGUUUUCACAGUUAGGUGUCAGAUAGGAUCGCAUCACAGACUUCAUCUGCAGAGAGGACGGUGGGGUUCUGGAGCACCAAAAGGCCUCGUUGAGUGCGACGGCGGUGGGAGCAUCCGUGUUGGUGGAGAGGGGCGGCCGGUGGGAGGAGGCAGAGAGACCGCAACAGCCGCGCCGCACUGCCUUUUGACAGCCGCCAGAGUUCGGAAGCAAGCACGCCGCUCAUGGCUACGGUUCGGCGCGACGAGCGGGACCCCGUCGGGGCGGCAGCGGACACUCGGCCCGGACGCUCGGACGACGCCGCCGCCGCCGCCGCCAUGACGUCGGUGGCGGAUUUCUACGCCGGCAAGAACGUGCUCAUCACGGGGGCCACCGGCUUCAUGGGCAAGGUCCUGGUGGAGAAGCUGCUGCGGUGCUGCCCGCAGGUGCGGGCGCUCUUCCUGCUGGUGCGGCCCAAAGCCGGCCAGUCCAUGCGGCAGAGGGUGGACGACAUGAUCAAGUGCAAGCUCUUCGACCGCGUGCGGGAGGACGACGCCCACUUCGGCCGGAAGAUCGUCGCCAUCAGCAGCGAGCUGACGGAGCCGGGCCUCGCCAUCAGCCCCGAGGACGCCGACCGGCUGGCCGCAAGCGUCAACAUCGUCUUCCACUGCGCCGCCACCAUCCGCUUCGACGAGCCGCUCAAACACGCCGUGCAGCUCAACGUGAUCGGCACCCAGCGGCUCCUCGGCCUGGCCCGGCGCAUGCGCCACCUGGAGGCCUUCGUGCACAUCUCCACCGCCUACGCAAACUGCAACCGCAAGCACAUCGACGAGGUCGUCUACCCGCCGCCCGUCGAGCCGCGCAGGCUCAUCGAGUCCCUCGAGUGGAUGGACGACGGCAUCGUGCGGGACAUCACGCCGCGGCUCAUCGGCAACCGGCCCAACACGUACACGUACACCAAAGCGCUGGCCGAGUACGUGGUGCAGCAGGAGCAGGACGAGCUCAACAUCGCCAUCAUCCGGCCGUCCAUCGUGGGGGCCAGCUGGCAGGAACCCUUCCCGGGUUGGAUCGACAACUUCAACGGGCCCAGCGGCGUCUUCAUCGCCGCCGGCAAGGGCAUCCUGCGCACCAUGCGGGCCAACAACGACGCCGUGGCCGACCUGAUCCCCGUGGACGUGGUCAUCAACCUCACGCUGGCAGCCGGCUGCUACACGGCCGUGCACAAACCCAAAGCGGCGCUGGUGUACAACUGCACGACCGGCGGCAUCAACCCGUUCCAUUGGGGCGAGAUAGAGCACCACGUGAUGUCGUCCUUCAAGAGGAACCCGCUGGAGCAGGCCUUCCGCCGGCCCAACGCCAACAUCACGUCCAACUAUCUCAUCUACCAGUACUGGAUCCUGGUCAGCCACAAGUUCCCCGCCCUGCUCUACGACCUGGUGCUGCGCCUGACCGGACAGAAGCCACAGAUGAUGCGCAUCUUCAAUCGGCUUCACAAGGCCAUCAGCCUGUUGGAGUACUUCAGCAGCCAGGAUUGGGAGUGGAGCUCUGAGAAUGUGAACAUGCUGAUGGCGCAGCUGAGCCCGGAGGACCGCAAGACGUUCAACUUUGACGUGCGCCAGCUCAACUGGCCCGAGUACAUUGAGAACUACUGCAUCGGCACCAAGAAGUACGUCCUGAACGAGGACAUGUCUGACAUUCCCGCCGCCCGGCAACACCUAAGAAAAUUGAGGAACAUCCGCUACACCUUCAACACGGUGCUGGUGGUCUUCAUCUGGAGAGUCUUCAUCGCCCGCUCGCAGAUGGCGCGCAACAUCUGGUACUUUGUGGUCAGCCUGUGUUUCAAGUUCCUGUCCUACUUCCGCGCAUCCAGCACCCUGACCAACUGACGGCGCUUCCUCACACGGGGCGUGACGGGUGCGCCAGCCACGAGCGUCCUCGGAGUCCGUCCACGUGCGCCGGCAAAGUAUCAUUGAUUCUUCUUUUCCUUCUCUUCUUAAUAUAUGCAACCGAACGCCUUUUUCCCGCGCCGCCGCCGCCACUUCUUCAUACUUGCCUUCUACUUCUGUUACUUGAAACUCGAUGUCGAGUCAAGCAACUUUUCUUUUUGUGGCACUUGGACUCUUGGUGGAUAUCUGCAGGUCUUCUAUAAUGUGUACUUACUGCCUUUUUUUUUGAAGAUGACGUAUGGGGGGGGGGGGGGGGGGGUUUCUCAUCUUCCCUGAAAACCGAUCCGUCGUCUUUCCUGCUGUUUUGAGCGCUCGCCCGCAACCUCUUUUUGCUCUCUUUGUACUGACGCUGAGUUUACUACUUUUUCAUCUUUGUACUCAAAAUUUAGCGACCUCAGCGGGGUGUUAGAUACAGGGAAAAAAAAAAAGAGUAAGACUCAUUUGUUGAGCCCAGCUUUUCCCAAGACCUCCUGUGAGAAAAGCGCACAAAUGGCUACAAAGUCUCAUUAUCGGCUUCCUUCACAUAAUGUCUUGUGCGGGUGCGUCUUUCACUAGUUUAAUAGGAUCAGGGGAAGAAAAUAGUUGGCAUUUUGAUUGGAGUGCGAUUACACGCUUGUUAAUUGAUUUGGUGUGAGAAAAGCAAUAGGGGGCCAAGUACCGGUCCCUGGGGACACCAACGUCAAUGAUUUGGUCUGAGAAAAUUGAAGUACAGAUCUCUGAGGGACAACCUCAUUUCCAAUGUUUUUGGGGGAGAAUUAUCAAAAGGGCCCAAGCACGCAUCGUAAGGGACUCUGUUUUGAGUUUUUGUUUUUUUUUUUUGUGAGAAAAAUGAAAGGGAAUAACUACGCAAUCUAUAAGGGACACCUUCAAAAAUGUUUUAAACGUAACCGAUCGUUUACGUUUAAAAACUCAGACAGGACCUGCCGCCGUUCUUUUGAGUUUCUCCUUUGUACGUGUUCUUAAUUUGAAAAAUGUGUAAAUAGUUAUUCUUAUAAAACUACCAAAAAAAAAAUCUAAACAUGUCUUAUCAAACAGUGUUGUUGACUCUUGACGCACAACAGCGGCGAGCCAUUAUGAAGAAUGGGAAGACAAAAAAGGGUCACAAGAAAAACAUUUAUGCAAAGUCUGUUUCUGUGUUGUGAUGUGCGCGCCCUCUUUAUUUCCCAAAGAGGAUUACGAGCCAAAAUGUCGUUGGGAGGAUCACCGAAGGCCAAACUAGUGUUACUGACGACAAUGACCAAUGACUUGAUCCAACUCCAUCAGAUGUCAUAUUCACCAGCGUCUGUUGUUCCAUGCUUCAUUGAGUGUGAAAUAAACCAGACGAAGAGUGCGCGCACACCUGCAGUUCACUUUUGUAUCGGCGGACGCUACAUUAGAAACACCUGCCUUAUGUUUCAUGUGUCCAUCUUUUUUCUUUGAGAAAAGAUGGGUAAUACUCAAAUCCGUUUUUUUAAUGUUUGUUUACAGGUGUGUGUAUGAUUGUUGACAUUCAGUGUUUCUGUGUGAGGAUGGUUUUUUUUUUAGCAAUUAUGUGCAGGUGUACCUAAUGAAAUGACCGUCGAGUGUGUAAUACAGUAUUUUCAAUUUUCCAGAUGGAGGAAGCUUUCCUAAAGGUUCCAAAUACAAGUUACCAUUCUGAAAACGCUUAUUUUGAAACAAUAAAUGCAGUCAAUGAGUA